AUGCCCUAUGUUGGUGCCUUCCUCCAUCCUUCUCUACACGCCCUCCAAAUCUACGGCGCCAACACCAAUGUGGGGAAAACCAUAGCUUCCACGGUCCUGUGCCGAGCACUUCGGUCCCGGCGAAAGGGCGCGGCGGUGCGAUAUGUGAAGCCGGUGUCCACGGGACCAGACUGGGAAGCGGAUGAUGGGCACAUAACGCGACACGCGAAAGGCGUGGAGUCGACAUGUCUCUUCCAAUUCGAUGAGCCCGUGAGCCCCCAUUUGGCAGCGCGAGCAGCCGGGCGACCGCUUCCCGACGCCACCAUCGUCCAAUCCCUCCACGCCUGCCUUCACUCCCAUGCCUCCCGUUCGCUAUCUCAACUCUCCCACACACUAGUCGAGACCGCCGGCGCGACGCUCAGCCCCGCCCCCUCCGGCAGCCUGCAAGCGGACCUCUACCGCCCGCUCCGGCUCCCGGUGCUCCUCGUCGGGGAUCCGAAGCUGGGGGGCAUCGGCGCGACCAUCAGCGCGUACGAGUCGUUGCGGAUCCGGGGGUACGAUGUCGAUGGGGUGGUGGUGUUCCGCGAGGGCGACGCGCAUGCGGACCGGCGGUACGGGAACUAUGAGUACUUGCGGGAGUGGUUCUGGAAGGAGGGCAGGAGGGUUCCGGUGUGGGGAUGGGAGAUGCCGCCGGAAAGACACGUGGAUGAGAAGCAAGAUGAGAAAAACUUGAGCGGGUACUAUGGCGGAAUGGAGAACGUGGAGGAAGUGCGCAAUGUGAUGGGGAGAAUGGAAGAACGACAUGAUGAGCGGAUCAAGGAGGUUCAAAGUCUCCCCCAGAGAGCACAUGAACGUGUCUGGUACCCAUUCACGCAACAUCAAGGACGGACCGAGAAAGACAUCAUGGCCAUCGAUUCGGCCCACGGGGAUUUCUUCCAGACGCUCUCCCCUCCAUCAACAUCGCAUUCUGCUCCGGAAUCUAACAAAGCAUCGGAAUCAUCCGCACCACCAUCCCUUCUAUCUCCCCUUUUCGACGCCUCCGCCUCCUGGUGGACUCAAGGCCUUGGCCACUCGAACCCCUCCCUUGCCAUGGCCGCUGCCCACGCCGCGACGCGCUAUGGUCACGUCAUGUUCGCCUCCGGCGCGCACGAGCCGGCGGUCGGGCUGAUCGAGGAUGUGAUUCAGACGCUAGGGAACGAGCGAUUGACGCGCGGGUUCUACAGCGACGACGGGAGCACGGCGAUGGAGGUAGCUCUGAAAAUGGGCCUGAGUGCAUGGGAAAGACGGACGGGGAUCGCGAGAGGGACAGAUAAAGAGGGGGAGGAGACGCUGAUUUUGGGGUUGACGGGGAGCUAUCAUGGGGAUACGAUCGGGGUGAUGGAUUGCUCGGAGCCGGGGGUGUAUAACGAGAAGGUGAGCUGGUAUCGGGGGAGGGGCUUCUGGUUCGACUAUCCGACGGUGGGGAUGAAGGAUGGGAAGUGGAGAGUCGAGGUGCCGGAUAGCUUGAAGGCGGAGUUGGGGGAAGGGAUGGUGGCUGAUGAGCUUGCGGGUGUGUUUGAUCUGGAAGCGCGGCAGGAUGACCGAAAGCGAUACGAAGCAUUCAUCCUGGAGACGCUGAAAACGGAAAUUCAAGAGAAGGGAAAGAGGUUCGGAGCCCUGAUAAUGGAGCCGGUGAUACUCGGCGCAGGAGGCAUGUUUUUCGCCGACCCUCUCUUCCAGGCAACCCUAGUCCACACCAUCCGCUCCAACCCCUCUCUCUUCUCCGACCACACCAACCCCUCCGACCCGCGCGACUGGCGCGGCCUCCCCAUCAUCUUCGACGAGGUCUUCACCGGAAUCUACCGCCUCGGCCGCCCCUCCGCCGCCUCAUUUCUCGGCGUCACCCCCGACAUCUCCGCCCACGCCAAGCUGCUCACCGGCGGCCUGCUGCCGCUCAGCCUGACCAUGGCUAGCGAGAGCAUCUUCAACGCGUUCCUGAGCGCGGAGAAGAGCGAGGCGCUGUUGCAUGGGCAUAGCUAUACGGCGCAUCCGAUGGGGUGUGAGGUUGGGAGGGAGAGUUUGAGGAAGCUGGGAGAGUUGGAGAGGGAGGGAGAGGAUUGGGGUGCGUGGAAGCGGGAUUGGGCGGCGGAUAGAGAGGUCGGUCAAGGGGAAGACAGUCGCAGCGGACAAGGGCUCGCUUCUACUUCUACGGACGUAUGGAGCUGCUGGUCCAAGCAGUUUGUGGGCCGCCUGAGCGGUCGAGACGACGUGGAGCGCGUAUGGGCGCUGGGGAGCGUGCUAGCGGUGACGUUGGUGGAUCGCGCUGGAUCGGGAUAUACAUCUACAGCCACCGCUGGACUCCAGCGCAAGCUCAUGGCCGAAGCGGCAACGUAUGGAUGGGGGGUUCACUCGCGCGUGCUGGGCAAUGUGAUCUAUUUCAUGGCGAGCCAGACAAGCACGAGCGAGGUGCUGGCGGGGGUAGAGACGAUGAUAUGGAGGAGUCUGUGA